AAACCCCGUUCUUCUCUCCUCCAUACCUUACAAUCUCUCUCUCCGCCAUGAAAGAACCUUCCCAUCCUUCCCGCUAUAAAAAACAGCCGUCCGCACAGAAGCUCAAGGUUCUCUGCAGCUUCAAUGGCGCCUUCCGUCACAGCCCGCCAUCCGGGAAGCUACGGUACGUCGGCGGCGAGACUCGAAUCAUCUCCAUCGACCGCGGCGUUAGAAUCUCCCGCCUUCUAUCGAAGAUAUCGGAGUUGUGCCCAAAGUACCCCUCCAUUUCCCUCAAAUACCAGCUUCCAGAGCCCGGCUGUGGCCGCGACAGAGACGUGCCUCCAUUGAUGUCGAUCCUGUCCGACGAGGACUUGCGGUAUAUGAUCGAAGAGCACGAUAGGAUGGCAUCCGGAGGAAAGAACGUACGGCUACGGGUCUUUGUCAUCUGCGACGAUAAUGGGUAUGUUGGACCCAACCUAUGCUCUUUUUCUUUUAAUGUUUUUAAUGCAGAUAGCGGUUCAUUGCUGCGGGAUAAUGCAUUCAAGAAUAAUAUCUCAAUGACUCAUGUGGACAGAAAUCGUAAUCUUGUGAAUCGCUGUGGGUUAAAUGGUUCUCAACCGAAAAUUGAAACGACCCAUGUUGUUGGAAUUCCAAGUUCAGAGGAUUCGUUUUGCCAAACGGCAUACAGACCACAAAUCUCGAUGACCCACAUGGCUGGAAUUAAAACAUCAGGCGAGUUCUUGGCAUCAGAUGCUUCUCCGUCCAAAAUUACAAGUGCCCAUGUUGCUAGAAAUCAGAAUUCUGAUGAUUCAUUUAGACAAGCAGCAUUCAGACCCCAGAUCUUGAUAACCCACAUGAGCGGAAUUCAGAAUUUCGCUGAUUCUUGUAUCAAAAACCCAUCAGGACCCCAAAACCCAAUGACUUGUAUGACUGGAAUUCAAAAUUUUGGUAGCAUGCAUCCAUUGCCAGAGUUUCAGUUGGAGCCUUCAUCAAGUAGAUUGAGUGAAGGUUUAGUUCCUGAAGGCAGAACAGCCAAAUUUCCAAACCAGAUUUAUAAUUCAAAAAAAUUGGGGCAUGCACAGGUGGAAAAUUUGAAUAGGGACAAUAGUAUGCUCUGGAACGUUGGUCGUGGUCAGAUAGGGACUUGCUUAGCGCCUGUUUCCUGCACUGGUCAGUUGGGUAGAAAGGUCUCUCCGUUCAAGUUUCUUGUUAGAACUGAUGGGAUUUUGAGCAACCCUCAAUGUAGGGUCAGGAACCAUCGAAUUGGCGCAGGCAAUAUCAGACACUAUCAGAUUGGUCUAUAUGAUGUUCGAGGUCAUCGGCAUGGCCCGCACGAUGCUGGUAACCAGCGAGUUAACUGUUUGGAUUCGAAGCCUUGUUAUGGCAAGUGCAAUGUUGGGCUCAGGCCAAGGUCAGACAUUUUGAAAGUUGGUCAGAUUAGAUCGUUUCAUGCCCGUACAGUAAAGGCAUGGUAUGGGGUACAUGAGCAUGAUAUGGAAGGAUUUCGAAGGAUGGCAGACACUAGCAAGGGGACUCCACUUCUGUUUAAUAAUGAAAAUGGUAGAGGAAUAUUGAGAGAAUGGGCCGGGCAGUUGACUGAUGGGAGAUGUCUAGUUGAUCGUUUUUGUGUGCCGGGCAGUCUUCAAGAAACGGAAUUUGGAAACUUGGAUUUUCACGGACACAGGGGGCUGCACCAUGGUUUUGUGGGGCCAAAAAGCAGUUCUUGUCAUAAGGGUCUCUGUGCUUGCUCUCCUCAUGUAGAGAACCUGGUUCCAUGUGUUGGGGCUAUGACAAUUAAGGAGGAUCUUCAAUGCAAUCAGAAUCUUGCGAGGCAUGAAACUGAAUCACAGCCCAUGUGCGGCAACCCUUUGAGUAUUUCCCACCAGUUCUCAGAAGCAUGUGAGAGUAGCUUCCAUCAUCCUGCAAGCAAUGGACCUCAUUGUCAUGAUUUAAAUAGGGAACCUGGCCUCAAUAUAAUCUCAAAGGGAGGCAAUAUUGAUGCUGCUGUCAUGAAUCCAUACUUGCCAAUAAAUUUACAACAAAAUGCUAUAAAGAUCCCUACCUUUUCUAUUGAUGUGGGCCACAACACUGGGUCAGAAUCAGUAAAUGGCAUAAUAUCUCCUCUAUAUAAUCAGAAUAUUCAAGCAGGCCAUGUAUGCGAAACUCCUGAGGCAGUGAUCAUGGAGUUAAGCAACGAUUGUUAUGGCCACAAUGAUAAGUUGUCAUUGGAUCUUUCUGUUCACAACCUUUCAUCGUUGUCAUUAACGAAAGUUGCUGCCCCGAUGCAUGGUUCUUCUCUUGCUCCUAGUGAUGAUUUGGAAUCCAAUGGUGGGACGCGAAUGUAUGGUCAGAAAGCCACAAAUGAUACUGAUAUUUCAGGGUGCCAUGAUGCCUUACGGGGCCAUGAAAUGGGAACUCAGUCCAAGCAGUUGGAUCUAAUGGACAGCAGUCCCCUAGUUGAAAACUUGACUGAAGUUGGCACGCAUAUAAGGGAAGAUUAUUAUUUAACUGGCCCGUCUGAUGGUUCCUUCAAGGAUGUCCCUGAGUUGGGGUUAUCACAAAAAUUAUCAGGACAAUCAUACCCAGCUGCAGUUCAUAUGUCCUGUAGUGCAGUGAAAGAUCUUUCUUGCAGCAAGGAGAAUGAGCAAAAAGGGCUAUCCAACUCAGGCAUGGAAGAAAAGGUUCAUGGAAAAGGAUCUGGUUGCUGUUCUGAGGUAGUUGUUGAAGACAGUAGUGACUUUGCAAAGAUCUAUACUCAUUUAGCUACUCAAGAGCUGCAGACCAUUCAAAAUUCAGAUCUGGAAGAAAUACGUGUGCUGGGAUCAGGUACAUAUGGAACUGUUUCCUAUGGAAAAUGGAAGGGCUCUGAUGUCGCCAUCAAGCGGAUCAAGCCAAGUUGCUUCGAUGGAGGUGAAGUGGGGGAUGAUCGAUUGGUUGCGGACUUCUGGAAGGAAGCUCACCUACUAGGCCAGCUUCACCAUCCAAAUGUGUUGGCAUUCUACGGAGUUGUCAAGGAUGGACCCGUGACAAAUUUAGCAACUGUCACAGAGUACAUGGUGAAUGGUUCCCUUAAACAAGUUCUACAGAGGAAAGAUCGAACUAUUGAUCGCCGUAAGAGGCUAAUUAUAGCAAUGGAUGCAGCAUUUGGAAUGGAGUACCUUCAUGAGAAAAAUGUUGUCCAUUUCGAUCUGAAGUCUCAUAACUUCUUGGUGAAUAUGAGGGACCCACAGCGACCAGUAUGUAAGAUUGGUGAUUUGGGCCUGUCGAAGGUGAAACGAAAGACCUUAGUAUCUGGUGGGGUUCGAGGAACCAUACCAUGGAUGGCUCCUGAGCUUUUGACUGCAGAUAAAAGCAGCAUGGUAACCGAAAAGGUCGAUGUUUACUCAUUUGGGAUAGUCAUGUGGGAACUUUUAACUGGAGAAGAACCUUACGGAGACAUGCGUUCUGAGGAAAUAAUAGCUGGUAUAAUCAAGGGGGAUUUGCGGCCGGAGAUUCCUAGCUGGUGCGACCCAACAUGGAGGUCAUUGAUGGAGAGGUGUUGGUCCUCUGAUCCCAACUUGAGGCCAUCCUUCUCAGAGAUUGCCAAGGAGCUGCGUGCCAUGUCGGCGUCUAUGAACAUCAAAUAACACGCUGAGGAGAGACCAAGAGGUUGGUUGUCAGUAGGGACGAGUUCAAUCAGAUACUAAGCCGGGUUACUACCCUUGUAAAUAUUCUUAAAGAAAGAAAGAAAGAAAGAAAAAAAAAAUCAUAAGGCAUGCCGGGAUGUGCUGGAUCUGCCGUCCGGUGUGUUGGGUUUGCUCCGAAGAUUUUGAUUGUGUUCAAAAGGUUGGUAAUGCCGAUUUAGUUGCAGAGUAUGUGGGUAGUUUUUUUUUUUAAUUUUUUUUCUCUCUCUAAUACUUUUGCUCGAUGGGAUUCAAAGAUGAGGUUUUUACAAAGUGAUUGGGAUUAGUGAGUGUAUAUAACUCAGGAAAUGAGAAGAAAUUUUUGUUGUUUGUGGAAGCAUGCCUUGAGAUUAA